AUGCUCCCGUGCAAGUGUGCAACACAUAUUACCUUCAAGGUAGGGUUUGUGUAUUUGAUGGAUCUCUUGAGCAAUCUACCAGACUAUGUUCGUUUUCACCUCUUCUCUUUCCUCACCACAAAGGAAGCUGCUUUAACAUCGGUCCUCUCAAAGAAAUGGCGAAACCUCUUCGCGCUUGCCCCAAGUCUCGACCUUGACGACUCUGUCUUUCUCCAUCCGGAAUGGGGCAAGCGAGAAAGACACGGAAUCCUUCAGAGCUUCAUGGUUUUCGUGGAUCGGGUGCUGUCUCUGCAGGGCGACUCUCCGAUCAAGAGAUUCUCACUCAAGUGUGGAGAAGGUGUUGAUCCAGAUGAUGUGGAUCGCUGGAUACGUAAUGUCCUUGACCGUGGUGUCUCUGAGCUUGAUCUCUCCAUUGAUUCGGUAGGUGAUGGUGAUUAUAUUCUUCCACGAGAAAUGUUCGUGAGCAGUACACUAGUGAAUCUGAGAUUAGCAAGUGAGUAUCUUCAUUGGUGGGUUAAAGCCGAUGAAACGUUCUUACCGAUGCUUAAGACUCUCCGUCUUGAAUCUGAGAUGAUCAUUUGUGGUGAUAAGAUGGAAAAGCUUCUUCCUUGUUUCCCUGUUCUUGAGGAAUUAGCAAUGAUAGGCAUAGAUUGGGUAGUUGCUGACGACACCGUGUCGAGCUCAACACUCAAGAAGAUGACUUUCCACACUACGGGGAUGAGAAAGAUUCAGAACCCGAAGAGCGUCUCUUUCGAUACCCCGAAUCUGCGUUUCUUGGCUUACUCUGAUUUCUCCGCGGAGGACUAUCCUUUAGUUAGGAUGGAGAAGCUAGACGUGGCUCGAAUCGCACUUUCGGUAACUAAUGAUCAAACCAAGAGAAUAAGAGCGGCGAGUAAUGGUUUGUUAAAAGAUGAUGUGGUUCUCAGGUUUCGCAAUGUGGUUAAGCUCAUGAACGGUAUAAAAAACGUUCAUGAACUUCAGUUGCAUCCUGAUACUAUGGAGGUUCUUUCUCUAUGCUGUGAAUCGAUGCCGAUGUUCAACAACGUCAAGAUGUUAGUUAUCACGAGUGACGAGGACAGAGGUUGGCAAACAAUGCCUGUUCUCCUAAGAAACUGUCCACAACUAGAGAAUCUAAUGAUUCAUGGUCUCGUGCACGACGUGACAGAUAAAUGCGGGGAUGCUUGUGACUGCAUCUACAGGAAGGACAAAGGACGUUCGCUCAUAUCUUGUCCGGUGAAAAUGUUUGUGAUUCGAGGGUUUACAGGAACAGUGAGAGAGAUGAACAUGAUUGAGCAUUUCUUGGACUAUUUCCCUUGUUUGGAGGAGGUGGAUGUAUAUAUGGAUGCUAAAUAUCUUGAAGUGCCCUAUCAUGUCCUUGAGAGGAUACAAGAGUUCGACUUCUCAUACACUUGA